AUGGGAAAACAUACCUCUGGCUUCUCGCUCCCGGGCUUCGCCUGCCUUGCGCCAUCAAUCUUUGUGCAAGAUGCAGCCCGAGGCAUAGGCGGUCACAGUAUCAAUCAUGGGUUCCUAUACUCAGACUCCUCGUUCUUUCUCCCUCCAGGUCCUGCCGCCAAACUCAGCAGCCGAAGCCGUGACAUUGCUCCGCCGGACCUGAUCAUCAUCACCUCAUGGACGGGAGCGGCGUCCAAGCACGUCGCCAAGUACACGGAAGCCUACAACACGCUCUACCCCGGCGUGCCCAUUCUCGUCAUCACCACCGUCAUCUCCGACUUAGUGAUUCACUCCACAAAUCACAAACUCCAAGCCCUCGCCCCCGCCGUCGACUACAUUCUCUCACGCGAACCCGUCGAGACCGCGCCAUACCAAACAGAUUCCACCUCUCUACAGUCCUACGACACCUACUCCCCACCACCACCACCACCACCAACAACAACCAAACCCCGCUUCCCCUCCCUCCUCCUGCACGCCUUCUCCGAAGGCGGCGCGCACAAAGCCGUGCUCCUCGCGCGCGCCUACCAACAACACCACACCCACACCCACCCCCCACCACCCCCCCGCAUCCCCGUACAAGCCCUCCUCCUGGACUCCACGCCCGGCACGGCCUCCUACACGCGCGCCACCACCGCCUUCGCGCGCGCCCUGCCCGGCGGCGCCGCGCCCAACACCCUCGUCGGGCGCGUGCUGGCGCCCGCCGCGUCCGCGGGGGUGGUGGGUUUCAUGUGGGCGGGCCUGCGGGAGGAUGAAGUGGUCGCGUGGGCGGAUGUGCAUCGCCAUGGGGUGGAGAGCGCAAGGUGUGGCUUGACGAGGGGGGGUGAGGGUGGGAGUGGGAGGGCGGGGAGUGGGUUCCAGUCGACUGGUACUACGGGGGGUGGUGUGGGUGAUGGUGCUGGUGCAGACGUGGAGGGGGUCGGGGCGGAGGGCGGUGGCGCCGCCGGGGUGGGGAGCUUGAUGGUCAGGUUCAAGAGGACUGAGCACUGCGCACAUGCGAAGGGCGUGGUGAAUGGUGGGGUGUAUUGGGCUGCGGUGAGGAGGACGUGGGAGAUGAGGGUGGAUGGGGGGAUGGGUCUGCGGAUGGGCUUGGGGAGGCGGUUGAGCUUGGAUUCGCUUUGUCUUGGGGAGUAUGACGAGUGUGGCUAG